AUGAAGCUAAUCGCAGAGACGUGCAUCAUUGGAGGCUGCUACAUCCUGAUAAGUGCCAGCCUGAUCGCCUUCAACAAGUACUUGAUGAAUGUGGAGCGUUUCCCUCAUCCAAAAGCCAUGACGGCAAUGCACAUGCUGAUGACCUCGGUCAUGUCUCUGCUGCUCUACACUGCCGCGCCAAGCCUCUAUCCAACAAUGGGAAAAGCGCGUGAGAACUGGCGGGCACUGUUGCAGUACAUCCUGCCGCUGGGAAUGCUGUUUGCCCUGGCCUUGUACUGUUCGAACCGCGCCUACCUCUACUCGAGUGUUGCCUUUCUGCAGUUCUGCAAGGAGGGAAAUGUGGCGCUGAUCUUCGCCAUGUCCUGCGCACUCGGCCUCCAGGCCUUCAGCUGGACAAAGGUCGCAGUGCUAAGCAUCGUUGUGAUGGGAUGUUCAUUAUGUGCACACGGUGAGAUCAACUUCGUUUGGAUGGGCUUCAUGCUCCAGAUCACCUCGCAGUUCGCAGAAUGUUCGAAGAAUCUGAUUGGAGAGGUCGUGAUGACUGGAGCCGGAAUGAAGCUGGAUGUGCUCACCUUCGUCAUGUUCCAAGCACCUUGCUCGUUGGUGCCCUUGUUGAUCAGCGUCGUGAUUUCAUGGGAGCCUGUAGUUUGGACCGACUUCUCGUCACACUGGCCUAUGAUCAUGCUGAAUGCCCUCAAUGCAUUUGCACUCAACCUUAUUAUCGCUACAGCUCUCAAGCGGCUCUCUGCAGUUGCCUUCGUGAUCAUUGGUAUCGUCAAGGACUCUGUCAUCGUGGCAACAUCCUCUUUCGUGUUCGGUGAGCACAUUUCGGCGCAGCAGCAGAUCGGUUUCGUUGUGAUCAUGCUUCUCGCCUGGAUUUCCAGCAUGACAUGCACGGCUUUCGAGCUGUGGAAACCUCUAGCCCUGUGGGGCAACUUGAAGAUCCGAGAGCAGUCCGAGAAGGACAAGCUGAGGGAGACGGAGAGCCUUCUCGAGUCUGAUCGACGCCCUGCCAUGGGGAGCAAAAGUGCCACCGUUGAGAGACCUUGCAGGGAUGCAUCGCACGCUUUCAGCAGCAGCGCAGCACCCUGCAGAGUUCGCGCAAGGCAGCCGUACACGCUGUCGCAAGCUUUUGAGCUGCCCCCGAUCGAGGGCGGGACAUGCAGCAUGACCGGCGGGCCUCGCAAAACAGUGCCCCUUUGA